AUUGUGUGCUGGCUUAAUAACUAUGUUAGUUUCUCGUGUGGGCUAUAGGUAUGAAUGUAAAAGGUUUAGUAGUGGAAUCUUGUAUGCGUGUAUAGUAGUGAUUGUAUUAACGAAGAGAACCUCUUUUCUAUUUGUUUCUUUAUUGUUGGAAGCAAUUCGUGUACCAACUCCUAUUAGUGCUUUGAUGUACGCUUCUCCACUAGUUGCGGCUGGUAUAUGGUUUUGUAGGCUCUUUAUUAGGGUUGGUGCUAUUAUGAGUAGAGGUAGAGGAAGGCAUAAAUCUAAAAAAACUAUAUUGUUGUACGAGUUUAUGACAACUUUGAUUUUGUGUGGUUUACCGUGCAUGGUUUUUUUUCUAAACACUGGUAUUUUUCUAUUAUAUCGUGACAUAAUAUAUUUUUUUAUUGUGUUAGUUGGGAUUGAUUUUAAGGUUUUAUUAUUCUUUUCAUUUGUUUCUAUUGUGUGGUUGGAAAAUCUGAGUAUUUAA